UCCAUCACAUAAAGCGCGCGCCUGAACAUCACACACAGUCCGGCGAUGUUUUUGCGCCACUGCGUGAUUUUUGGACUAUAACACUAAAGUUUGGCUUCUGGAGCACUGGUUCCCGUCCUCUUCUUCAAAGCUAUUUUGAUGUUACCUACAGAAAUCUCAGGAGGAGUGUGUUUCAGCGCUAGUCAGCACUCCAAAGAAGGAAGAAACGGAAUGAAAACAGAAGAAAACCAAUCAUGUCUUCAGCAGGCCCCCUCCACCACACCUUACGAGCAUGUGGGAGCAGGUGAGGUGUGUGCAGGGUGCGAGUCUCCCAUCGCGGACCGCUUCCUCCUGCGCGUCAAUGAACUGUCCUGGCAUGAGACGUGUGUCAAGUGUGCAGUGUGUCGCAGCGCGCUGAGCGGGACCUGCUACUGUCGGGAUCGCUUGCUGUACUGCAAGCAUGAUUACGAGAAGUUGUUUGUGCGGAAGUGCAGUGCCUGUCUGCAGGCGAUCGGCCGCUCGGAGCUCAUCAUGCGUGUGCUGGGACAGGUGUACCACCUGGGCUGCUUCAGCUGCUGCGAGUGUGAGCGCCGGCUGCAGAGAGGUGAUGAGUUUGUGCUAAAGGAGGGACAGCUGCUCUGCCGGGGAGACUAUGAGAAAGAGAGAGAGAUGCUGGCUGCCAUCAGCCCGGCCCCUACCGAGUCAGUAAAGAGUGAGGAUGAGGAUGGUGGCGGUGUCUCUGUUGGUGGGAAGGCUGGGGAUGAUGGGAAGGAGCACAAGAGAUCCAAGAGACCACGUACCAUCCUGACCACACAACAGCGGCGCGCCUUCAAGGCUUCCUUUGAGGUGUCUUCCAAACCCUGCCGAAAGGUCAGAGAAACUCUUGCAGCUGAGACUGGACUGACGGUGAGAGUCGUGCAGGUGUGGUUCCAAAACCAGAGAGCAAAGAUAAAGAAGAUCGCUCGCAGACAGCAGCAGCAGCAGCAGCAGCAGCAAGAACAGGAGCAGAUGGGCGGGACCAGGAGGGGUCCGAGCAGGGGGGGGCGCCAGAGUAACGAUGACAGCGAGGAUGGCUCCAGCAGUCAUGGACUGGACGGACUGCUCUCAUAUUCCUCUCUGCCACGCCAGCAACUGCUGGCUUUGGAUCCCAACAUAUACGGUAGCGAGCAGUUCCGGCACGGGCUCACGCCACCACAGCUAGGCCCCGAGCAGAUGCACUCCUAUGGUGAGGAUAUCUCACUGCACCUACUUCAGCAUUGGUUAUUUUUUGCAGUUAACCGAAAUGUUUGUUUGCAUUUGAAAACUGACUUCAUUUCAGACUCGGUUUUCCAUGACUUGGACAGCGAUGGAAGCCUCAGUCAUCUCGGAGACUGUCUCUUGUCGACCGCCGAUGGUGGAGUUCUGGCAGGGCGGAUAGGAAACCCCAUCGAUCGCCUCUACUCCAUGCAAAACUCCUACUUUACCUCAUGACCCUGGUUCCAUGUGCUCCUCCACCGCUGCAGGGGGCCACACAGAGAUUGAGUCUCACUGCAGGCGCCUUUCAUCAUCAAAACUAAUUGAAUCCCUCAAUCGUAUCUUAGUCGUGCCAGUAAAGCCCUUACCUACCAAACCAAGACAGGAUCACACCCUGAAGAUUAAAUUUAACACUUGAAAAAGGCGGGUUUUAACAAGUGGCUAAAUGAGACAACUGGGUCCAAAUAGUUGCUUUAAUAGCCUCAAUGAGUUUAUAAUCACUAACUUUUAGGGAAAUUGUUUUUUUUUUUCAUAAAAAGUGUGCUCAUUUGUGAAGAUUAUCAUUAUGAUCAACAUGUAUGAUCCAUAUACCUUUGUUGAUCACGGAGCUUAUUUUCUGCAAUUAAGAAUAUCUUUUUUUUAUUUUUUAUUUUUUUAAGGAACCAGGGUGAUGCAAUUUCCCUGGAUUUCCCUGCAAAUCAUCACUGCAGCUCUGGGACAGAGGUUCUGUCCACUGUGGUUGUGAACACCCCUACAAAUGGCUGUCCCCUCAGAUAAUACAGUUUGUAAGGAUAAAGGGGUGAUUUCAGACACAGCCCAAGUCAGUUUCACAAGUCAUAUCACUCUCUCCUUUCCUUGCCAUCUUUAUGUCCGUCUUGAAUAGGAAUCAGCUUUUGUUUAAACCUAACAUGAAAACCAAAAGAUUCUAGCAUGGUGCGAAAAUCAAAUGUACAUUAGUAUUUAUUGUAAAGAAACAAUGUUUAUUAAAGGUGCACUCAGUUUUUGUAUGUUGAGCUGACCUAUAUAGCAGAUGCUUUGGACUCACGCUGACACCUACUGGUGUGGAUGUAGCAUCACUCAAACACAAAAGCAAGGUUGUUAUAUUAAAUUAAAACUAAAGCAUAAAAAAAAGGUUUUCAUUACAUUAAAUAAAUACAUGUUUAUUGGAUUUUAUUUUUAUGUUUUUUUUCCUCCAUGUAGUUGCCAAGCCAACAUUUCUCAUUUUCAUUUACUUUAACUUGAUGUACUAAAAUAGCUAAAACAAAUGAAAGUUAAUUAUAUAGACAUAAACUAAUAAAAGUGUGGGGGGGGGGGCACACAACUAAAUUACUACAACUUUAACUAAAAUGAA